AUUUCAUACGAAAUUUUUUACCAUUCCAGAAAUUCCAAGAUGGCACCUACUAAGGACAGCUUCUUCGACCUGGAAAGGCAACGACGAAAGUUAGAGGAAAAUGUUGAGAAAUUAUCUAAGGCGCUUGAGUACUGGAAACAAUCUCAGGAAGAGUAUGAGACCUUGCGCAAGGCUGUUCAAUCAUCGGCUAGUCGGGAGGAACUUAGAAAUACGAGAGACCAAUUCGAAGGCAAGAUCUUAGACAAAAAAGAACUUGACGUUAUUUUCGGCCCCAAUGUCGCCAAAACUGCUGAACAGAUUGGUAGCGUACUCACAAAUCGAGUGGACUAUGUCGCAAAAAAUGUAGGCACUCUCAACAAGCAACUUGAGGACGUGCAGAACAAGCUCGCUGCCGUAACCGUUGUCACGAACCCCGACGCUACCGACGAAGAAGGUUUACCGAUUACCGAGAUCAUGGAAGAGCUUGAUGAUGAUGACAAUGUCGUAUCUUAUACCCUACGCACUCCUGGAGAUAAUCGACCGCAGAUUCUAGAGACAUUAAGGAAAGCUGGAAUCACAGAUUUUGAGUCACCUACCAAUAGCAACACCCUGCAUGAUACAUCAUCCCAUGAGGUGAAGAAAGACGAGCCACAAAAUCCAACUGAUGAUGAGAGUCCAUCGACCCAUCAAUCCAAACAAUCCCAGCCCACUCAACAACCGAAAGAAACAUCCGUUGAGGAACAAGUAAAGCCGAAGCCUGCCCCUAAAAAGAAGAGUGUAGCGUUUACCGAGGAUACGAAACCCGGUGAAGAGAAGGAGCAGUCAGAUACUGCUAAGAGAUUAGAAGAAAUUCUCCAGAGGGCGAGGGAUCAGCAAAGCAUAAUAUCGAACCCCGUUUUCCCUGCCGACGAAGCACCAGAGGAUGCGGCAUUGCGAGAAGAUAUGAUUCGAUAUAACAAGCAGACCAUGGAGUACGAGAUGGCUCCUAUCGUCGCUGAAUUGCAAUUAGAGGAAGGAUCCUCUGCGGACGAUACUGAUGACUAUAGUGACUACGAUGACGACGGUUACGACGAGGACGAAUUAGGCCGGACAAAGGUUCACGUUGACGAUGAUUGGAAACGAUAUAUGCUGGAACUUAAAGAGAAGUUGACUGGAUACGAGUUUAAGAAGGAUACGGCAGCAGAUGAAGAGAAUGAUAUGGUCGAGGGCGUUGGCCGUAUAACUAUCAGACACGAGGGUCAAGAUGUACCCAAUAGUGGAAGCGAACCAGCGGCCCAUCCUAAUACCGAGGCUUCGGCACCAACAAAGGAGAUUAAAAAGAGCGUUAAAUUUGCAGCGAGCCUUGACAUUGCGGAUACCUCAGUUCCAGUUCCAGCUCCAGCUCCUGCCCCACAGCAAAGCCACCCAGAAAUAAACCCUAUUUCUGAAGUUGUUAUGGAGCGCAAUGGUGGAACGCAUCAACCGAGAGUUACUUCCUCAAAGAAGGCUUCCCGAUUCCGCAAGGCGAGAGGCACCGAUCCCUCGAUCAUGAGGGCACCAGUGGCUCUGGAUGGCACCCCAAUCGCACCUGACAGACCCGACAUCAACAUUAAGCCAAUUCCCUCAGGCCCCAAUGGCCAGACGAUUGCAAAGUCCGUGUUCGAGCACGAGCCGUCUUCGCAGGCAAAAGAGCCAGAUGAAUUCGACGCCAACCUCCUCCACAACCAAGCUACAGAAGAGUACUACAAGAUGCGGAAUAGGCUCGUACACCGAAACGGCGGUUUUAUGAAGGAAGACGAAAAUCCAAUCCAACCGCUAGAUGAAGAGGAUGGUGGACCAAAGCGGAUGAGUCGCUUUAAGGCAGCUAGACUGGCUAAGUCAUGAAUAGGAUUAAGAAUUCGAAAUCGCUCAAUAUUGAGCUAUGCAUUCCGGUUCUUGAUCCUAGGAUUGUGUGAGUGAGGUUUGUGCUUAUUGCGUACUAAGGAUCGCCUGUUCUCGAAGUUUACGAUCCUGAUAUUGAUUCUGCGAACAUACGAACUUAUCAGUGUCUACAAAACGACGGUUUGCUUGGCACCUAGAUACUUAGCAUCAAUGCAUCACGAUUGCAUCACCCACAUAGGGACACUCUGCGAAAAUCACCAUCAAUAAAUGUAAGAUAAUGCUUUUCACGUAGGUAGGCUUUACAAAAUGUGCCUGUCGUAAGUGUU